GCCAUUGAGGUCUCCAGCCACGACGAGGGCGACAGUGAUAGCGACGAGGUCGAAUACGUAGGGGGCAAUAUUCCGAACUUGUCUCCGGCCCACCCGAAGAAGGGUAAAGGGCGCGGUCGCAAACUCGCUAAGUCUUCCGGCGCGACCGCCACCUUCGACGACCAAUACGUGCGCAUGCCGGUUCGAACCUUCCGCGAUCGCUCCCUCCCGCCAACGUACUUGCCGCUCUGGCAGAAGCCAUCCAUCGCGUGCUUGUGCCUAUAUUGCUUGUCUUCUGAGAAGGUCUCGCGGACGUGCACACUUAGUGAGUUCCGGCCGAAGUGUCGCAAAUGUCAUCGCGACCACAAGGCUUGCAAAUGGUGGACUCGUGACACGGCCCCGGACGUCAACGAUCCUGACGGCUGGCUCCCGCUAAAGAAGCUCUACCGUCGCAACGGCUGGUCGGUGCCCAAAUCGCCUGAGACGUCGGUGAUGGCGAAGGCUUCGCGCCACCAAGUUAGCUACGACCGGCAGAUGCGCGACGCCAAUACUGCUGGAAGCGAGAAGGCGACCGAGCUUGAGCUGCCGCUCGACACUCCCAUCGACGAGUACGAGGUUGCGCUCGCCGAAGCGCCACGUCUUCUUCCGGUCAGCUCCUUGCCGGACACGCUUGAGACCGAGUCGGAGGACAACGAUGCGUCCGACGUCGUCGUAGUGAAGCAAGAGAAGGACGUCGCGGGUCCUUCGCGUCGUGGCUUGGUUAUUCCGCCGCCGCCGCGUGGUGCGUCUCUUCACACCUAA